ACACCAUUAAUGGCUCCACUUCUCCUCGUCCUUCUUGCCCUCACCUUUUCAUCUUCCGCCUCUGCUUUCACUUCCCACCAUUACUCCGACGCCCUCACCAAAUCCAUCAUCUUCUUCGACGGUCAAAGAUCCGGCAACUUACCCUCGAACCAACGUCUCAAAUGGAGGGCUGAUUCCGCCGUUAACGACGGUUCUUCCACCAAUGUGGACUUGGUCGGAGGUUAUUAUGACGCCGGUGAUAACGUCAAGUUCGGGUUGCCAAUGGCGUUUACUACUACCAUGCUUGCAUGGAGUAUCAUUGAAUUUGGUGAUUCAAUGGAAUCCGAACUCGGGAAUGCCAAAACAGCCCUUCGUUGGAGCUCCGAUUAUCUUCUGAAAGCAGCCACAGCCACCCCUGGCACCUUAUAUGUCCAGGUAGGGGAACCGCAUUCAGAUCACAGUUGCUGGGAGAGGCCGGAAGAUAUGGACACGCCACGGAAUGUGUACAAGGUAUCGCCACAAAAUCCUGGAUCGGAUGUGGCUGCAGAGACGGCUGCUGCGCUUGCUGCGGCAUCAAUCGUCUUUCAAGAUUCCGAUCCUUCUUAUUCGCGUAAAUUACUACAAACAGCCAAGAAUGUGUUUGAUUUUGCUGACAAGUACAGAGGCUCGUACAGCGACUCUCUCGGAUCUGUUGUCUGUCCGUUUUACUGCUCGUAUUCCGGAUACAAUGAUGAGCUGUUGUGGGGAGCCGCAUGGAUCCAUAGAGCUUCUGAGGAUGCUUCUUAUUUGUCUUACAUUCAAUCAAAUGGUCACACCCUGGGUUCAGACGAUGAUGAUUUUUCCUUCAGUUGGGAUGACAAAAGAGCUGGUACUAAAGUUCUUUUGGCCAAGGGCUUUCUCGAGAAACAACUGGAUCAGUUUCAGCUGUAUAAACAACACUCCGAUAACUAUAUUUGCUCAAUCAUUCCAGGAUCACCAAAUUCCCAGGCCCGAUAUACCCCAGGAGGGCUGCUGUACAAACAAGGUGAGAGCAAUCUCCAGUACGUAACAACCUCCUCCUUCCUCUUGCUAACAUACGCCAAGUAUCUUAACUCCUACGGUGGACAUGCUUCUUGUGGGGGCGUGACGUUCACAGCUGAAACGCUUAUAGUACAAGCAAAAAAGCAGAUUGACUACAUUCUCGGUGAUAAUCCGAUGAAAAUGUCAUAUAUGGUCGGGUUUGGUGACAAAUAUCCAACACAGAUCCACCACAGAGGAUCAUCUGUACCAUCUGUUCGUGUUCAUCCUGAUCACAUAUCCUGCGAUGCUGGCCAUCAGUACUUCAAUGCGAAAUCACCAAACCCGAACAUACUUAUUGGAGCAAUCGUGGGAGGUCCAGAUAGUAACGAUAACUAUGCAGAUGAUCGGAGUAAUUAUAGCCAAUCAGAGCCGGCUACUUAUAUCAAUGCGCCAUUCGUGGGGGCUGCAGCCUUCUUCUCGGGCCGUUAAAUCGGUUUUCGGGUGUUAAUCAAUGGAUGUUUGAGGAUUGAGAGAUGCCAAUAAUGGCAUAUAUAUGAUCCCAUAUCCUUUGGUUCUUCAUUUCUUCAAAUGAAUUUAGUUGUUGGUUGCAGCAUUUUCUAAAGUUAAUGUAUCUUUUGGUUUUACAAGAUCUGAAUAGAAAUUAAUGUCAUCUUUUUGUUU